AUGGGGCAAGCAGUUGAUAUGGCUGCGAAGUUGUGGACUCUUUGGCUUGUCCGAAAUGACACAUUCUGGAAUGCAAAAAUGUGGAAUAUCAAUGAGAUCAAAUGUUAUGUCCAGCAUUUGGUGUCUGCAUGGCAGCAUGGAUACUCCUCCCCUACAGUGUUGAUGUCACGUACCACUCAACCUCCUUCUCACUCUAUUGCAUCUAACGUGUGGAGUCCACCUCCGGAAGGUAUGCUCAAGUGUAAUGUUGAUGCUGCUUUGCUUGAUGAUAAUGUGGGUUUUGGGGCUGUGGUCAGAGAUCAUGCUGGAAAAUUUGUAGCAGCCUACAGUGGUCAUUUGCACUGUACUCGGGAUCCCUAUUUAGCUGAGACGAUGGCGGUUAAGGAGACACUUACCUGGCUUAAGAACCGUAGUACUAGUAAUGUUAUCAUUGAGUUCGAUUGUUUAAAUUUUUGUAAUAGUUUUAAUACUGUCAGUCAGGACUUUUCUUAUGUUGGUCUUCUUAUUAAGCAAUGUCGUUUUAUUGGUAGUGACAUUGGGAACAUUGUUGUUCGCAAUGUCAAGAGGUCAGCGAAUCACGUAGCUCAUGUGCUUGCACGGGCGACUGGUUCUCCUUCUGUCCUUGGGGUCUGGGAUUUUUCCCCACCCUGGUGUAUUUCGCUUUUGGUUGAUAUUUAA